AAAAAAAAAGCGAUUUAGCCACGAGCAGGGAAUCAUGAUGGGGGGAGCUCGGUGAUGGCUCAGCCAGGGCCCGGCUGUAAAGCCAGCUCCCGUUGCUUGGAGGGAACCGCGCCGCCCAGCAUGGCUCAGACGGACGGAGAUGCUCUAUCUGGGGGCCUAGACAAGGACGAGGGACGCUCUUCCCCCUGCACUCCCAGCACCCCUUCAGUCUGCUCGCCUCCCUCCGCCUCCUCCUCGGUGCCCUCGGCGGGCAAGAACAUCUGCUCCAGCUGCGGCCUCGAGAUUCUCGAUCGUUACCUGCUCAAGGUCAACAACUUGAUCUGGCACGUUCGAUGCCUGGAAUGCUCUGUCUGUCGCACGUCACUUCGGCAGCAGAAUAGCUGCUACAUUAAGAACAAGGAAAUCUUCUGCAAAAUGGACUAUUUCAG